AGUGACGACUUGCAUCGUGACUCCGCUCAUGCCUGUCUGGCUGUACAAAAAGUGAGAGAGUGGGUCGAUGACAACCUUGCUGUGUACUCUUAUUUGACUUAUGUAAGUGACGGUGCCGCCAGUCACAUCAAGAAUCGCUUCCAAGUUCAUGAAUUCAAAAAAAAAUGUUUUUACCAAGGCCCAAUGGCCACUGGGCACGUAAAAAACGGUUGUGACGGAGUUGGAGGGCUUGUCAUACACCAAGCAACGCUUCACAACUUGAGACAGCUCCCAGGAAAGGCCAUACAGUCUGCAAAACGCAUGGUGAACAGUCUUUCCCAAAAACUAAAAGGAAUGCAUUUCACAAUUCUGGACGAAGACGAGGUUGUUGAGUUCCGUGAGCGCAAAAAUGACGGGUGGGUGGGAGAGCGCGCCUUUCCUGGUAUUCAGUCGUGGCAUGUGUGGCUAUGCAAAACAUCAGAAGCUUCGACCUGUGACUUGGAAGUGGCACGGACUGUCGGGUCCCCUUGGAAGAAACUCUAA